UCACCCGCCGAUGACUGGGACAUCAACGCUCUCAGCAGCUCAGUCGUCGCUAACUCAUUUACUUCUGAACAGUGAUUGUAUUUUUCAAGUUCUAGUGAAUACUGACCAAGAGGAAGUCAAGUUUUUCUGUGAUAUAUAGAGAUAUUAUGAGGUUAUUUAGGCCUCUCUUCGUCACCAUGAGUUCGAAGCGAAAAAAGACGACAUUUGGGCUGAUUAUCGUGCUGCUGGUAGCCGCCUUGAAAGCGCGGGAGGUCGAAAGUCUCCAGGAGCCAUCCACUGAUGACUUGGCUUCCAGGCGACUAAGGCAGGUGGAGAGUGGGCCCGCUGCUUCCAGGUCCACGGCGUCCCCCGUCCUCUGGCACUGCUACUUCGACAGUGACAUGUGUGGCCUGGUGCUGACGGGACGAGCCACGUGGUUGCUCACCACCUGGGCUAACACCACGCAACAUAACCAUGACUUGUCGUGCCUGUCGAUACAAGGACUAAGUGGGUGGAGCGGGAGGGCGGCGCUGCCCCAGCUGCGCGCCCGCGGCGCCCUCUGCUGCCUCUCCUUCUGGUACAUGAUAGAGUCCGCAGGCCGGGGCGACCUCUCCGUCCUCGUCACGAGGAGUGACGGAGGGGAGGAAAGCGUGUGGACUCGCAGCCAGCCCGGAGGCCUCACUUGGAUCUUUGCCACUGUCAACGUCCCCGUCGACGGCUCCACAAUGGUGGAGUUCGUGGGUGUACUUGGUGAUAACAGCGAGGGCGUCAUGGCUGUGGACGAUGUCUUUAUGCUGGCUGAGUCGUGCGACAGCGUCUUGCCAACCCUCGACCCCAACAGUAAUGGUUGCGACUUUGAGGAGAGUGAGGCUUGCGGGUUCACCACCACAGGGAGCUGGGCUCGGGUCUUCCCUCGCCAUGACAACAACACGCACCACGUCCCCGUAGACCACACUUACAACACUGGUUAUGGUCACUACAUGGAGGCGGCACUGGACCCGUCUAACACAGAAGGCGUUGUGGGCCACCUCAUCUCCCCAAAUAUCUAUCAUUCCGAAGGUGUGCAGCAGUGCGCUUCCUUCUGGUACGUCCACAAUGGCGCCACCAACAUGGACUUGCUCUCUGUGUUAGUUAACAUAUCCGGAAGCCUAGACAACACGCUCUGGUAUGAAAGAGCCAGCUACGUUGACACAUGGUUGAGUGCCUGGGUGCCUGUUCCUGCUGCUGCUGCUACGAAGGAGCUCCAUCUGGUGUGGGAGGCAUGGCAGAGCGCCAGGGAGGAUCAUGCCACUUUUGCAGUAGACGACAUCACUAUCGUUCCUCAGCCCUGUGAUGGUAUUGGAACUUGCGACUUCUCGAGAGGUUCGUGCGGGUGGCAGAACGUGGUGGGUGUCGGCAACAGGUCGGACGACGCCGACUGGAUCAUCGGGUGCGGCGUCGACGGCCAGGACCUCGCCACUCCCGACGCCGACCACACCGGAGACGCUGAAGGGAAGUUCCUCUAUGCGGACACUGCCUUCACCCAGAAGGGCCUGGCCAUCCUCCAGAGCCAGAUGUUAAUCCCUGAACAGCACGACAACUUCUGCUUCCACUUCUGGUACUUCCUCCAGGGAACGGUGGAUGACGCCCUGUGGAUAAAGGUGGGAGACGGUAGCCAGGAGAGUGAGGUGUGGCUGGACACCGCCUCCGAGGGUCAGUGGAUGGAGGGACAGGUUCACAUCAAUACUGACCAGCUCUUCAUUUCAACAUCCUAUCAGAUCUUACUAGGCGCAAUGCGAAACUCGGAUUAUGCCAAAAUAUCUGUGGACGACUUCACCUUCACUCGCUUCUCAGGGGAGUGCCCGCACCUGCCCACAGCCGCCACCGCAGCCCCCUCAUCCUCCACCCUCACUCCACCUGGGAGUGUGACGUGCGACUUCAGCGAGGACGAGUGCGGGUGGGUGAACGUGGACGCCCGAGGCAUUCACUGGCAACACAACAAUGAAGCAGGCGACAUGGAGCUGGUGCUGGAGGGGACAGAGUCGAAUCAGUACUACCUGGGAGUGAUGAGAAGUCCGGUCUUCACCAUAGCAGAGAGCACGAGCAGCUGCCUCUCACUCACCUGGUUCAUGGUCACCCAAUACGAAGCUCAUUUCUCAGUCGUUAUCCAAGAUGAGUUUGGGCAAGAUCUUGACUUUCUCAUGAACGUCAACGAUGGCUCAAAUGACCAGUGGAAGUCGACCAACAUGGACCUCUCUAAGGCUGGCUCCUUCAGGAUAGCCAUCAAGGGCACGGUCACCAGCCAGUGGCAGGGCUCCAUGGCCUUCACCAGUGUGGAGCUGCUCGACAAGCCUUGCUCCGAAGAGGUGAAGGGUGGCGGGCUGUGGUGUGACUUCGAGACCCCGGAGGAGUGUGGCUUCCGCAACUCCCUGCCAGGGGACACCACCGUCUGGACGUGGGGCUCCAGCUCUCCUAACCUCGACCACACUCUCGACAGCCACUUGGGUCACACGAUGUACUUGGACGUGUCGACGGUGGGUAAAGGCAAGCUGGCCCACCUGGUGACCCCAGCCAUCAGCCCCGAGGACCAGACCUUCUGCCUCACCUUCUGGUUCUACAUGUUGGGUCAGGACGUGGCCACCCUCACGAUAUACGCAGUACAGAACAAGACGCAAAGUCUGCCACUGUGGACUCAACACCAGUCCUUCCGGGAGGAGUGGCGAGGCGCCUCCGUCUCCACCUUCGUCAACCUUGACGCCAACUUUUCGGUGGUGUUUGAGGCAUUCACUGGAAAGGACACGUGGGGAUCCCUUGCUAUUGAUGAUGUAAUGAUAACACCAGGAUUCUGUCCUGACCCUGCCACUUGCACCUUCGAUGAUGGCCUCUGUCUUUGGACUCAGUCUUAUAGUGAUGACUUGGAUUGGGAAGUUGUCAAUGUGGCAGGAGACCUUCAUGAUCAUACCAAUGAAUCGGGGAAUUUUCUGGCACUUAGGAUUGACACAUCAGCUUCCCCAGAUAAAUCAGCAGUACUAGAGUCACAGCCAGUGGAACUGCUGGAGGCAGCUUGCUUCUCCUUCUGGUAUAAUAUGUGGGGAUCAAAUGUAGGACGCUUAAAGGUUGAUAAUAGUGGCCCUGACUUUACUAAGGUGACAUUAUGGGAGCUUGCAGGCCCACAGACCGAGGGCUCAGAAUGGAAAUAUGCAACAUUAUCUGUCCCUCCUGCUGGUGCAUUUAAUAUGAUCACAGUAGAAGGGAUAAUAGGUAAUAUUGGAAAUGGCACCAUUGCUAUAGAUGGCAUUGAACUGAAGAAUGUGGAGACUUGUAUCUUUGAACCUCCUGAAGCAGAAGUAGGCACACCAGCACCCAUGACAACUACUCCUGUCCCAACACCAUCUCCUGGAUACAGUUUCUUCUGUGAUUUUGAAGACUCAACUAAUGCAUUUUGUGACUGGCAGGAUCUUUCUGACCAAGAUUUCAAGUGGACCAUCGUAAAGGGUGCUCUGAAUAUAGAAGGCAUAGGUCCAGUGGGAGAUCAUACCACAGGCUCUGGACACUAUUCCACUACUUUCCGGAAUGCUGAUGCAUUGGUUGAAGUUGUGUCUGUCCUGGCGAGCCCUAGCAUAGAAAGUACUCAGAUUAAGUGCUUUGUCUUCUGGUACUUCCUAUGGGGAGACACUGUCACACUCACAAUGAAAGUGAAUGCAGUCAACAACUGGAGUAGGAAAGGCAGUCAAGGUAACAAGUGGGUGCCAGCUAAGGUGGACAUCAAUACUAAAAACCAAAGCUUGGAACUAAUCCUGGAAGCUGUUCUUGGGGAAGAUCAUGAAGACUCUUACGUCUCUCUUGAUGACACAUAUUACUACAAUGUCACCUGUGAAAAUGUAGAUGUUGGCACCAGGACUGAGCGCCAGUGUGAUUUUGAAGAGGCUGACUUAUGUGACUGGGGACAGGUGAUUGAGGAAGAUAAUGCUAAUUGGGACUGGGUUAAUGGCUCUCAAGGAGCUGCAGGAAGUGAUCAUUCAUAUAAUGCACCCAAUGGCCACUACCUGGAAUUAACCUCAAUCAUGCAGGGAUCAGGAACACAAAAAAAGGCUAUGUUGCAGUUACCACCAUUCCAGAAUAUGCCAGCAGGUGAUUAUUGCUUUCAGCUCUACUACAUUCGCUUCGGUGGGGUCCGCAUUGGCAACAUCAGCAUUUUGGUGGAAUUUGCAGGAAUCAUUACACCAAUUCUGGAGUUGAAUGAUAAAGAAGGUACUAUGAACUGGACACUUAUACAGCAGACUUACAAAAAUAAUGCACAUCUUGCCACUGUUGGAUUUGUUGUAAGUGGUGAAGUGGGCGCAGCUUCAGCAGAUGCUGGCGAGUCUGUGAUAGCAAUAGAUGACUACUCCUUUACUACCACUGCCUGUCCACAGCCAGGAUCUUGCACUUUUGAAGAUGCUCACAUGUGCAUGUGGCAUGUGGAGAUGUCUGAGGAUGUUGUAUGGCAGCUAACUGAUGGACGAGAGAGCCAUAGUAAUGGUCCAAAAGUUGACCACACCACCAAUACCUCUUCAGGUGGUUAUGUAAUGGUGGAAGAUUCUGGUGAGCACGCUAACACAGCUACUGCCUUGGUCAGUUCCCACAUACCAAAUGAUGUGUAUGGAUUUUGCUUCAGUUUUUUCUAUUCUAUGAGUGGAGAUGAUGAAGCUCGCCUGAAGAUUUCAUCACGAAGUGAUGAUGGCAAGAAUAUCAUAUGGUCUCUUACAGGGCAACAAGGCCCUGACUGGCUCUAUGGACAGGUUGGCAUUCCUGGCUCUACCAGGGGAGAAUUUGAAAUUGUUAUUGAAGGGGUAACUGGGUCCUACUCCUCUGGCUGGAUUGCCCUGGAUGACCUGUUUACUUCUACUGGUGACUGUGUCACUCUACCCUCAGCGGCUACACCAACACCGUUACCUUCUACAACACCUAACCCACCUAGUGACAUUUUCAACUGUGACUUCGAAGAAGAUAUGUGUUCAAUGAUCCAGGUUACAUCGGACGAUUUUGAUUGGUUUUACCAACAUGAAGAAGAUGACUUUGAGCUUCCUCCUGGAGGAUACAUGCUAAUGGAUGCCACGGGACAUAGCAAUAAAGAGAAAGCUGUCAUUAAAACUCCUGAGAUUACUUAUCUUGGCCUCCAGUGUAUUAGUUUCAGGUACCGGUUUAUAGGAUGUGAGUCUGGUGUGCUACUGAUGUUCUUUAGUUUUCGUGAGACCCGUAGUGAGGCAUUAUGGCAGCGACACACCACCACAAUACCUGAUUGGAUCUCUGCUAAUAUUGAGUUGAAUGCUGGAGAUGCCUACUCGCUAGAAUGGGAAGCCCAAGUUGUUGGGGAAGAUUCCCUCAUUCUUUUGGAUAACAUUGUGAUCACAGCAGAAGGAUGUCCUGUCGAACGCCAGACUUGUAACUUCGAAUACGAGAGUCAAACUGACUUAUAUUGUGGAGGAUACCAGUCGGGUUCACCAACUGACUUCCAGUUCUUCCGCACCUAUGCUGCCGAGUCUGCACACAAGUAUUCCAGUGAUGAUCACACAUACCAGUCUGCUUAUGGUUACUAUGUUGUUCUUGACUUUGCGAAGGCUUCAACGGGUGGACAGGUAGCUACCAUGGAUGGCCCAAACAUAUUAGAAGAUUCCAAUUGCCUCACCUUUUGGUACCAGUUUAAAACUGUUGAUACAACUGCUUUUCGAGCCAUAACUAAUGACACACAAGAUAUAAUUUUCUCAGUAGAAGUGGGAACUGGCAGCUGGUGGCAGCUCGGUUCAGGAAAAGUGCCUUCCUCUACAAGUACACGCCACGUAGUCUUCCAAGCUUUCUUUGGUGGGACUCCAGAUGGCUAUGUAGAAAUUGAUGACAUCAAGCUUGACAACUCUGAUGUUUGCCCUACACAUGGGAGUUGUAAUUUUGAGAUUGAUACCUGUGGAUGGACCAACACUGGUUACCUGGAAUGGGUAUUCUCAAAACUUGAGGAAGACAAAAUUGGACCUCUCACCACCACCUGCCUCAUGUUUGUCACACCAACAAGUUAUCUUGUGGGCAAGAAUGCCUCUCUAAAUUCUCCGAUUCUUCUGCCCUAUUUAAACUGUGUUCAGUUUUGGUAUAAGAAGUUGAUAGAUGCCCCAGCAUCAUUAGUAGUUAAUGUAGCUCCAAGAUCUGAGUUCUCUGAUGAUUACAUUGAGAUCCCAGUUUGGCAGCUGCCUCAAAGUGAUGAACAGUGGCAUCAAGGACAGUUUCCAAUACCUGUUUAUUCAGUGGGCAAUAUGCAGGUUAUUUUUGUAGCAGAGCGGCUUGAAGGUGAUUGGAUCUUGGGCCACAAUGAUGGUUUGAUAUUCCUAGAUGAUGUGGAGAUCCUUACCAAUGCUGACUGUUCCCUGGUUCCUCCUGAUGCCAUUCCUACCAGUACCACCAUAGCAAUGUCCACACCAAUACCUACUGUACCACCCAGUGCAGCAUCAUGUGACUUCUCAAAUGAGGAUUUCUGUGAUUGGAAAACCCUCUCUGGAAAGGCCAGCUGGAGCAUUCAAAGUGGAGCCUCUGAUACACAUUAUGUUGGACCUUUAGCAGAUCAUAGCACAGGUGAUGGUUACUUCAUGAGCCUUACACCAACAUUUAACAACUCCAAAGGUGUUGCAAUUGUGUCCAGCCCUGAAAUAAUUCCAGUAAAGGAUUUGUGUAUGCGAUGGUGGUACCACAUGGAUGGGUCAGAUGUGGGAAAACUUGAUGUCCAUCUCAAGAACUUUGGCCUUAAUACUAAAAUAUGGACCAGGAGUGGCUUUCAGACUGCUGGAUGGAUGGAAGCCUAUGUUGGUAUCAACACUACCAGAACUUUUCUCAUAGAAUUCCAGGGUUCUCAGAGUGACAACCCUCUUGCAAACAUUGCUGUUGAUGACAUUGUGUUCACACCAACUAAAUGUUUAGAAAACUCAGGAAUACUGGGCAAUGACACCAUGACAUGCUCCUUUGAGCAAGAAGGAACAUGUGGUAUGCGUGAUGACUUUGGUGAUGGCUGGGCUUUGAUCAUGGCUUCCAUGUCUGAUCACACAACAUUCACUGAUCAAGGCCAUGUCUUUGAACUGCGCGGACGUAAGACUUUCUUCGCUGCAUCACUUAGAACUCCUUCAAUUAAAGUUGAGACUGCUAGCUGUCUCAGAUUUUAUUACCGUUCACAAGGCAAAGAAGAAGCCACGCUUAUAGUGUUUGUGGAAAUGCAAAAUGGUACUUUUACCAGUGAUCAUAUGAAGCUUUUAAAGAUGGCACAACCAGCAUGGAGGGCUGCUCAGAUACCUUUCUAUAAAUACUAUGGAGACAGUAUAAAGGUGGUGUUUACAGGAGAAGUAGGGCCUGGGGAAGAUGCUGUCAUAGCACUCGAUGACUUAAAACUGACAGAGGAAGAUUGCUCCUGGGGAAGUUCUGCUGUAUGUAACUUCAGUGAUAACACUACCUGCUUUUGGACCAACAGCGAUACCGGUCUUCAGUGGUUUGUGUCUGAUGGGUACAGCAAACAUACCUUGAAUGGGCCAUCGAGUAGUGACAGUUUUAAUGACCACUAUAUCAUAUUUGAAGCUGGGCCCCAUCACACUCCUGGAUCUGUUGCUCGGCUUACAAGUCCAACUUUACCUAAAAAUCUGUAUUCAGAUAUUGUGUGCUUUACGUUUAUCUUUUCGGCUUGCUCUGAGCAUGGAGGGAUACUGUCAGUGAUGAUCUCAGAUAUAACCCAAGGCACUGAGUCUGUUGUUUGGCAACUUCCAAUCACCCGUCAGCAUGCAGACUGUUACUGGCAUGAAGCUCAAAUUCCUAUUAAGGAUCCUCCAGAGAACUUUCUGCUGGUUAUUCAGGCUGAGCCCUGGGAUGGAAGAGAAGGUUUCAUUGCAGUCAACCAUCCUAUCCUGCGGGAAGUACAGUCUUGUGGAAUGGUACCGGAAGAUGCUGCACCAGACAUUUCACCUACAGUACCACCUGUGUCUACAACACCACCACCCUUCAUUGGAGAUUUGGUUGUAGGGUGUGACUUUGAAAAUGAUGGUCACCCAAUAUGCCAGUUCAAACAGGAUGUGGGCGAGGAUGUUGGAACAUGGGCACGGGUUAAUGCUUCUAAUCCUCCCUCAUCCAAUCACCCAUUGUCUGACCACACACUUCAUAAUAGUUCUGGCCACUACAUUGCAGCACUACAACAAGCAAGUGGUAAAAGCAAGAGCGCUGAAGUAACUGCUCGCCUAAUAACACCCGUUCUUGAUUCUGAAGUUGACUACUGCCUUACAUUCUUUUUGCAUCAUGUGGGUGACAGCCCUCCACCUGUCAUUGUUCAUGCUGAGGACCUACAAGGAUCAUCAGUGGUGGAACUUUUGCGUCGGGAUUAUCCGUUAGAAGAUCUGUGGGCACUUGUUCAGAUUGACAUCCCAGCUGAGACUAUGGAAGUCGAAUUUAUAAUCACCAUUGAAGCAUUGAUUACAGAGAGUCAAAAUGGAGAUGCUUCUCUUGAUGAUGUGAUGGUUACAUCAUCAAGGUGCCCAAGGAAAGAUGACCUGUACUGCACAUUCUCUUAUGGGUUGUGUGGAUUUCGACAAGAAGAAGGGAAAGAUGACUUGGACUGGAUUUGGCACGAUGCUAGCGGUCAUGAUGAUCCUUACCUGCCUCAAGAAUCCAAGGCUCAUGAUUAUUACAUCUAUCUGAAUACCUCUGCUCCAAAGGGGUCCAAAGGAAUCAUCUAUACAAAUAAAUACCAGCUUGUUGAGCCAUACUGCUUAACCUUCCAAAGUCACAUGCAUUCUGUUAAGGACCAAACUAGUUCUCUGAAAGUUUUUAAUGUAGGUGAAGGAGAUAUUGAUGAUGGAGAAUUGCUUAUGCAUGUUAGAAAAGAUUUUGGUCCAGACUGGGUCACAUUACAGCUUAAUAUGGAGCCGGAUCUGAAGCCCUUUCGUCUAGCCUUCCAGGGCACCAUUGGAGACCACAUGAACAGUGUGUACUCUACUUUUGCUCUUGAUAAUGUGAAACUGAGCCCUGGAAUGUGUAACUCUCCUGCAUCAUGCACAUUUGAUGAUGACCUGUGCUCUUGGUACUCUGAUGAGAACUUGGGUAAUAUAGUCUGGCAAAUUGCCGGUCCUGGAGAAGUGUCCCUUGACACCAGGCCUUAUGCUGAUUCUACUCAAAGAGAUAACUCUGGAGGAUUUGUGUUUGUGGAAGCAGAUGAGGAACUGUUAUCUAGCAGAGCCUUGCUUAUGAGUGAAAGACUGACACCAAUUAUAUCAUCUGAGCGCUGCCUCACAUUCUGGUAUCAUAUAUAUGGGGCUGAAGGCUCUAAGUUAGUAGCACUGAUGUAUGGGCCCGAGUCAAGUUCAGUUACCAUUCUUUGGAAGUUUGCUCCGUCAACCGCCAGAUGGGAUCCAGGUUGGCAGUAUGCUUCUGCUCCAUUCUCUGCUUCAUAUACUCAUCAGAUCAUUAUUGAGACAGUGAUGGGAGCAGGUUUCAUGGGUGAUGUUGCUGUGGAUGACAUAGUAGUAGCUGCAGGCGGUUGCAUUGUCCGACCAAGUGAAGCCAGCAAUGGCAUCAACUACACUACACCACUCAUUCCCACAUCUCAACCUCUUACUAGUCAGCCUCCUGGACUCUAUGACUGUUCCUUUGAUGAAGACCUCUGUAUAUGGACAAGUGAUACUGGAGCUGACACAGGUAAUGAGAUGAAGUGGGAAGUUCAUGAAGCAGAUGACACAUCUGAUGGCAGGUAUGCUUAUCUGGACAUCACCAAAUCUGUUAACCCAUUUGCAAGUGGUGCCAUGAACUCUACAGACAUUUCUGCUACACAUGCAUCUUGCUUUGCAUUCUCUUAUGUGCUGGAUGGUCCUCACACUCUCAGCAUAUAUCAGCAGCAUGGGAGAUAUUUUGUGCUGGUUUGGCUCCGUGAAGGCCCAUACGGAACAGAAUGGAUGGAUGGUCAGGUUACUGUUGGCUCAGAUGAAAUAUUCAACAUCCUUGUGGAAGGAAUAAGAGCAGACACCCCAGAUGGUUGUAUUGCCAUAGACAGUAUUACCUUGACUCCUGGCCCUUGCAUAAUAUCAGAGGAGUCUUGUGAUUUUGAGGAUGCUCACAUGUGUGGAUGGCAGCUUCUUGGAAGCCCAGGCCCCAGUGAUCCCACGUGGGUAUGGACUAAUGGUCAAGAUAUCUUCGAAGUCGAUCACACUACAGGAACUAUUUAUGGUCAUGACCUGAGAGCCAAGAACAACUUGAAUAGCAGUGCACUGAACACAGCCAGAAUCUCCUCAAAGCUCUAUAAUUCACAAGGUGUUUCAUGUGUGAGAUUCUUUUACUUUGCACUGCAAGGAACUGCUGCAUCACUCAGGGUCUUCUAUGUUGAAGAUGCCAGUGUUACACCUGAGGAGCUUGCUCCAGUAAUAGUAUGGGAAACAUCUGUGGGUAAAGUCUCAGAGUGGAUGGAAGGCCGAGUGGACAUUACCGUGAGCUUCUUCAAAAUACAAGUACAAGCUGUUUUUGAAACUCCAGACAACAGCACUUAUUCGUUUGUGGCCUUUGAUGAUUUUAGUAUCCAUUAUGGCACUUGUGGUAAUGCAGCUGAGUGCAAUUUUGAUGGCAAGCAUCUUUGUGGAUGGACUCAUUCGCUAGAUGAAAAGGCUUUCUGGGAUAUCACCAUAGGCGAAGACCACACAAAUGGCGAACUUGGUGGUGGAAUGCUAGUAUUAGAGCCCACAAGAUAUGAGCUGGGAGAUGCUGCAGUACUCAGGAGCCCAAUCAUGGAUCCUGCUGCAGCUAUAUCUGCUUGUCUUCAGUUCUGGUUCCACAUGAAUGACACUGCAGAAGGCACAGUUAAUUUUUAUAUUGAGCCCGUGGGACAGCAACGCAUACUGGUGUGGAGUAUGAGCGGCACUCAACCAAGUCCCUGGAAUGUGGGCCGUGUUCCACUAUAUGGAGUAACAGAUGGCCAUUUCUUUAUUAAUAUGGAAGGCGUUGUGGGAGCUAAUCAACUGGAGAAGAUAUAUAUUGAUGACUUGCUGACAUUCACUGGUCAUUGUAACAUCUGGCCUGAAGAUGCUCAACCAAUUAAUAACACGGACUUUACAUCCACUACCAUUCAGGGAGGAUCAACUACUACACCAGAACCACUUGGAGAAAACGAUUGCGACUUUGAAAACCUGAUGAUGCCAACAUGCAUGUGGGAGGUUUCGUCAGCCAAUGACACAGUGUCGUGGAUUUAUUGGCAAGGUCCUCCAGAUACUGUGUCUCCUGGCCCUUCCAAAGAUCAUACUUAUGGCACAGAUACUGGUCACUAUAUGUAUGUGGAAGCUCAAUGGUCAUACCCGCCAUCAUCUGCACUCAUGUACCGAGGACCAAUAGAGGAUGUUCAGUGUUUCCAUUUCUGGUAUUACAUGUUUGGAGAGAAAACUCCAGACCUCAUUGCCUCUACUGAAGAAAAUGGUAUUUUGAAUCAUCCAAUGUUCUUUAAGACUGGUUCACAAGGAGACUUCUGGCACCUAGCCUCUAUGGAUGUGCAGAUCAGUUCAGCAACAUAUAAUGUUGUUAUCAGUGCAGUGUGGAAUGAGUCUAGUCAGGGUAUUAUAGCAGUGGAUGAUCUUCAGCUUCAUACAGGUCUUUGUAUUCACAGUCCAAAUGAUCCACAUGCUCUCCAUGACUUUGAGGAGAAUGGUUCUAUGUUUGACAUAGUUGAUGGUGGUCAAGUUGAUUGGAGCACCAUGAGUACUGGUGAGCAGCCAGACCACACACUUGGCACUCUGCAAGGCCAUUUUGCUAGAGCUGAUUUAUCACAACAUAGUGCUGGAGAUUGGGGGGAAAUUAUCUCUCCCAUUUACAAGACUGAGGAGCAUUUAUAUAGGUGUAUCAACUUCUACUAUUACCUGUCAGGCUUGUCAUGCACAGCCAAACUAUCAGCAUAUAUUCAGAGUACUGAUGGUGCAUUGGAUACCUCAAGAGACAAGCCUAGAGAACUUAUCUUUGAGCAGUGCGAGAGUCAAGGGAAUCGUUGGGUAAAAGCUCAGAGAUACAUCAAUGUGAAAACAAACUUUCAGCUGAUCUUUAAAGCACAAGUUUUGAAGAAUAACACAGAGGCUAUCAUAGGAAUAGAUGAUAUAUACUCUAACAUGGAAUUAUGUGAGGAAGAUUUGUGUAACUUUGAGCAUGACCUUUGCUCAUGGACAAAUUCAAUUGACGAUUCUGCUGACUGGCUGCUGCAAAGCCCAGAAGAUGCUCUGCCAGGACCACCCACUGAUCAUUCUUCUAACACCAUAAGUGGUCACUACCUAAUUGUAUCUGGGUACUUGAUGCCAAGCCAAGGAGGAUAUGCUAACCUGGUUUCCCAGCAUUAUCCUGACACUCACCUUCACGGAGCAUGCAUGAGCUUCUGGUACAAUGCUGCUUUUGCAAGUGGUUCGCUCAUGAUUUCAGCAGAACGAGGGAACAGCUGGCAAACAUUGUGGAGUCUUCUUCAUGGCACUGACCCUCACUGGCAUUAUGCAAAAGUUACUGUUAAUCAAAGUGAGCCAUUCAGGAUCAUCAUAGCAGGCAUGUUGGACUAUGACCAAAAUUCCUACAUUGCCUUAGAUGAGCUAGGAUAUGAUGAGAAUAAUGAGUGCGGGGAGAACUACAUACUGCCCAAUUUUGCUGACCCUACUCUUCAAGCUGAGGAUGACAUAGCAUGUGGAUUUGAGACUGAUACCUGUAAGUGGACAGGGCCAAAUAUGCUUAAAGUUGGGAUUGAAGAUGAAGUACAUUCAGACCGAGGCCAAGGAAAUUACGUUUAUCUAACGGUCAAUGAAUCCAAUCAAGCUCCCUCUCAACUAGCCCUUCAAUCCAGGCGUCUGGGAGAGAGUCCAUAUGGUUUACAUGACUAUUGCUUCCACUUCUGGUACUAUAUGUUUGGCUUGAACACCCCAUGGCUUUCAGUAAAGCAAAACAUUUUUAGAACCCAGUGGGAUAACCUCUCAGGUACGACUAUCCUCUGGCAGCGUCUGACAGGUGUCAUAGACUUAUGGUAUGAAGCAAGUGUUGUAGUCUCAUCUAAUGAGGGUGACUAUCAGUUGAUGCUGGAGAUAACUGUGGGCCCUGAUUCAAAGGGAACAGUUGCGAUAGAUGAUGUGAAAGUCAUGGUUGGGCCAUGUAAGACAUCUUUAAUUGACUGUGACUUUGAGUCUGAUAACUGUGGAUGGAAAAAUGAUGACAACUACACACUGAUAUGGACCAGAGUCUUAGCAGAUGAAGGAGCGGAGUCAAUGGGUUAUGAUCAUACCACCAGCACACAGAUAGGACACUACAUAUUUCCUCAGACAACUGGCUUAAUACAUACAGAUAUAUCUGGCCUAUUAGUUGGACCAGAUCUAACAGCAGGUGGUGGUGACCAGUGCCUCACCUUUUGGUACAGCAUUGAAGGUACUAGCACAUUAAGCUUACUGGCAAUUGGAGAAGGUGAUGAUGAAAACGAGUUAUGGAACCAUACUGGAAACUAUUUCUAUGACUGGACACUGGGUCGAAUAGAUAUCAAUAUUAAUACAACUAUGAAGCUUGCAUUUAAAGCAAAAUAUCCAGACGAUGUGGGUAAUUCUGUUGUCUUGGAUGACAUCAGCCUUAUCCCAGAUCACUGUCCCAGCAGUCCUUUAUCAUGUGAUUUCGAUGAAAGUCUGUGUAGUUGGAGCAAUGUGAUUACGAGCAAGAUAUUAUGGGUGGUCGGACGAGGCUUCACCAGUAACCCAGAUGUAGUGUCUGGUCCUUUAUUUGACCACACAACUCAAGAUGGACUCUAUGCUUAUGUUGACUUCACAGCUGAUGAGUACACAAAUGAUGCAUGCCAACUGAUGAGUGAAGAAGUACCAGCCCAAGAGGUAGCGUGUCUGACUUUCUGGUACCUCAAAUAUGGAGAGAGUGGAAGAUCAGGAAUAUUGACAGUGAAGAUGACAAAUUAUGAUGAUCAUUCUCAAAAGGAUCUUCAGAUCUUGGACAACACUGUCAAUGUUAGACAAUGGACACGUAGUAUGUUAAAUAUCAGCAGCACUAAGAACUUCGGCAUUACAUUUGAGGCAAAGAAAGUGACAUCAGACCAGUUCAUUGCUAUUGAUGAUGUAAAUUUCUUAACUGAAGAUUGCACCAGUUUGCCAACAACUACACCAACUCCAUCACAGUUUGUUACAUGUGAUUUUGAGGCAGAUGAUCUGUGUGGUUUUACUCAGAGGCAAGAUGACAAUUUUGACUGGAUUCAUGGAACUGGGGAAGAUAAUGCAGUACUUCCAGCUGAUCACACAACAGGCGACAUAUCUGGGCACUAUUUGUAUGUUGACUCUACCCACAUUGGUUCCGGAGCAUAUGCAAGCCUAGCGGCCCCUGGUGUGUAUGAUUUAUCUGAAGCUUGUAUUGCCGUUGCUUACUUCACCUCCAGCAAGUAUGGUGUGCUACAGGUCUGGCUUCAUACAGAAGAGGAUCCCAAAACCACCUUGCUUGGAAAGUUCUCUGCUGCAUUUAGCGCCUGGACAAGUGUGAGGAUGUCAGUGUUUGCUGCAGGGUUUUGGCAAGUGGAGCUUAAGGUUGUUGUUGAAUAUGAUAGUGGAUUUGUAGCAAUUGAUGACUAUACUAUGGGCCCUGGGGCUUGUCCUGACCCAGUAUCUUGUGACUUUGAAGAUGGCACUUGUUUAUGGCAGAAUGUAGAGAGAAGUCGCUGGACUAAUGGUCGUGUAAGAGAUGACCCAAAUCAUGCUCCUGGAUUUAACUUUGCACCUCCACAUGAUCACACAACUGAUACACCAUAUGGACAUUACCUGUACUUCUAUGAUGCAAAAGAUAAUGCUUCUACUGCCACAAUAUUAUCAGAAACUUUCACCAUUGAGAAAGAGUCAUGUUUUUCAUAUUGGGUUUAUAUGUUUGGUGAUAAGGUGGGUAGACUACAGUUGAAAUCUGUCAAUGAAGGAGGCACUUCUUUAAUGAAGACUGCAGAAGGAUCACAGGGCUUUGAGUGGCAGCAAGUUCAGGUAGCAGUAACAGUAUCUCCUGAGCAGUGGUUGGAAUUUGCUGUUGAAGGUGUGGCUGGACAUGUUAACAUAGUGGCAUUAGACGACAUAGAACUGUAUUCUGGUCCUUGCAGAGGCAACUCUAGUGUUCCUGAUUUUCGUUGUGAUAAUGGUGAAACCAUUCCUCAACAAGAGGUCUGUGACUACAUAGCUCAGUGCUCCAAUCAUGAAGACGAGAAAUGGUGUGCUAGUUGCACUUUCUCAGAAGAUACUUGUGGCUGGCGCAGCAUAGAGUCUCCUCAGGAUAAUACACGUCUAUGGUGGCAGAGACUUCAAGAUGACACACUCAACGAAGAUGACACUCACAUGUAUCAUAUGGAGGUUAAAGAGAAAGUUGGCUCUGUAAUCAAUCAGCCACGCCUCUUGACCAAUCUUCUGCAGCCUGCGCACCAUACCUGUUACUUAGACAUGGACUAUAAACUCUUUGCUUCUGUGGCACCAGGUCCAAAACUAAGUGUGUACCUGGAACAUGGAGGCUCAGACUUGACCUUGCUAUUUGAAGCCCAAAGUCACUUGGAAGAGUGGCAGACAUUACACCUACUCCUUGGACGGGUUUCCUCUUCAUACCACCUUCUAGUUGAGGCUUCUAGCUCAGAUGAUCCGGCACAGAUAAUAGCAUUUGAUGAAUUGAUGCUAUCAAACUGCUUUCCUCCUGGUUUGUGUGAGGAUUUGCCAGAUGGAUUCCAGUGGUGUAAGAACAAGGCAUGUUAUCCAGAGGAAGCUGCUUGUGACUUCAAUGAUGAUUGUGGGGAUUAUUCAGAUGAGACCAGUUGUGAGUAUUAUCAUCUAAGAUGCAGCUUUGAAGAUCAGAGUCUUUGUGGGUGGACAGCAUCAGAGUUCUUUAGCUUGGUUCAAGCAGGGAUGAGCGGUGGAUCGCCCUUCAGGGACCACACCGUAAACAGUGGGGAUGGCCAUUUCAUGUUGUUUACAUCACGUGCUCCUCGCUCUGCUACCAUCACCAGUUCAGUUAUUGCAUCCUCUGAUAACUGUGAAAUCCGCUUUUACUAUGCUGUUUCUGGGGCAGGAUCAACAUACUUGAAAGUGCGUGUACGAAACCUCGAAGAUGGAACCAUACUUUCUGAGGAUGCAAUUCAGUCUCUUGAUGAAGAGAUAUUCUAUUGGAAGCGUUUCUCACAAUCAUAUUCUGUUAAGAAAAGCUUCUAUUUUGAAUUAGAGGGAGACAUUCAAGAAUGGGGAACUGUUGGACUGGAUGAUAUUUCUCUCACUCCUGCGUGUCAAAUAGUUCCAGCAACGGUAACACCACCCCCUUUCGAAACUACAACUAAAGGCCCCUGUGAAGAGGGCUUUAUCUCGUGCAAAACAAACUCCAGUUCUAUUACAUGCAUCAGAGCUGACCAGGUGUGUGACUUCAUCACUGAUUGUCCAUUGGGCGACGAUGAGUAUCUUUGCGGUUCAACAACCUUCGAGUAUGACUCUGGUGGCUGGCAGGACACAAGUGAUACCACUUAUGCAUGGUCUCGGAUCAGAGCGGCUGAUGCUGCUUACCCAUAUUGUACAGCUCCUCCCUUGGAUCACUCCAUUUCAAAUCAAGACGGAUACUAUAUGUGGGCUCCAGCAAAGCUUACAGAUAUUCCUGAAGCAACAGCCACCAUGGAGACUCGAGCUCUUGGCCCUCCAGGUCUGGCUUGUACCAUGAGCCUGUGGUAUUACUGUAAAGAUGAUGAGCCAACGUUAACAGUUAUGGCAUGGACCACUGAUAAUGUUCAUGAACUAAUAAACAGCAAAGAUUUACCAUGUUAUCACAAUGAUGAAUGGCGUCAAAAUGAGUUGUUUAUUGGAGAACAGAGCAUUCCAAUCAUAGCAGAAAUGAGAAGCACCAAGUUUUCAUCUACAUGGACUAACAUCCAAUAUGAUAUUGCUGUUGAUGAUGUUACUUUUAACCAUUGUUCACCAAAUGAGCCACCAACUGAGGAUGAAAUAAGAUGUACAUUCUCAGAGCCUUGCAACCUCUACCAGAGCCACAAUGAUGACAUGGAUUGGGAUCCUUUAGCGGAGAACUAUAACACUUUCAUGGUUGCUCGUGGAAAUGGAGAAAACCAGACAGCCAUUUUACAAACACAACUACGGAGUGCUUCUGUAGGAUUCUGCUUAUCAUUCAGGUAUCUCAUCAUGGGAUUAGCCAAUCUUGAGAUUUCAAUAAUUACUGCCCAAGAAAUUAAGACAGUGUGGAUUCGUGGAGGAGGAAUGAAUUUCUUGGAUUGGCAUACACAACAUCUCAGCCUGUUCAGUGAUUUUGACUAUCAGGUAUGGAUAAUUGCCCACACUGGCAGCCCAGAAGAUCAGGUGCAGUUGGAUGAUGUGGAUCUCAUUAAUGGUCCAUGUCCAGCACCACUUACCUGCAGCUUUGAUGAUGAAACAGAAACUUGUGAAUGGGAAAAUUUCUUCAUGGAUAAUGCUACCCUCCCUUGGUCCAUUGGAUCUGGUUCUGAAAAUAUUUCAACUGCACCCUCUGUGGAUCAUUCAUGGGGAACUCCAUAUGGCCACUACCAGUACCUUAAUCUUCAGAUUAACCAAGAUAACCAACUGGCUUUCUUAAAGAGUCAAGAAAUAAGCACCACUGCUCCUGAGGGCGAUUGUUUCCAAUUUUGGUUCUAUCUCUAUUCUGUUAUAACUGGAGAAGAUGUUGGUGAACUAGGUGUGCGUUUGUUAGCUAACAAAACGGUAAUGACGGAACGUAUUUGGCAACACACGUACAAUGGUCAUGAUGGGUGGCAGUAUGGAGAAACAACCAUCAAAUAUGAGAUUAAUUUUAGUGUUGUACUUGAAGGCUUAAGACUUAGUGGAUCACAAGGAUUUAUGGCUUGGGAUGAUCUGACUGUAAAACGAGGUGCCUGUCAAGCCCCAGGAACAUGCAAUUUUGAAGAUGGUUUGUGUGGGUGGACAAAUGUGCCAGACCCCAAUAACAAUAACUGGGUUUGGCUUAAGGCAGAGGAAGCAAGAGAUGGUGUGUUGACAGACCAUACGACAGGCACUGGAAAUGGUCACUAUGUUUCCUUUGACCGGGCGCACUGUAACUAUGGGUCAGUUUGUUAUGCCGACCUUGUGAGCACUGAUAUCACACCUAAAGGCAGCCAGUAUUGUUUCUACUUUUAUAUGAGUAAUCUACAGACCAGCUAUGAUAAAAAUUCUGUGCAACUUGAAAUGGUUAAUGUAGAGGAGAACACAGCUCAACUUGUGGCCACGUAUGCAAAUGAACUUAAUGACGUUUGGACCUAUUUCCAACAACCUCUUCAAAACUUGCAUCAUGUCUUCAAUCUUCGCAUAAGGUCUAAAAUGCUUCCAGAUUUGCUAGAUGCAGAAGCAUAUAAUGCACUGGAUGAUGUUGAGCUGUCACUUGGAGAAUGUACAUCAUCUGGAACUACUUUAACACCCGUUUCCACACCUACACCCGAUUCUCAGCUGACAUGUACAUUUGAGGAAGGCACUUUGUGUGGUUGGAGUCAGGAUCUUGCUGAUGGACGAGAUUGGAUAUUAAGCACUGGUGAAAUUAUCAACUCUCCUCUAGGUCCUCAAGUUGACCACACUACUCACCUUUCAGGAGGUCAUUUCAUCUACAUCUCAUCAUCUGGUUCUCUGAGCAUUGCCAACCUAUUCUCUGAAAUUUUGGUAUCCAGUGAGAGCGGCAACUGCCUUUCCUUCUCAUAUUACAUGCAUGGCACUGCACCACCCUUCUUGAAGAUAUAUAUUCUCAAAGCUGGUGAGAGGCCUGGACCAUCAGAUUUUCCUGACUGGGUCCAUCUUCGAGAGGUGGGAGAGAAUUGGCAGCAGGUUCAUCUAUUCAUACAAAAGCAAGAUUAUGACCAGUAUGUAGCUUUGGUCGCCAAUACACAGUAUAACAGUGGAGACAUGGGACACACUGCAGUUGAUGACAUCUUGCUGACAGAUGGUUCUUGUGAUAACCUUAGAGAAAAUUCAUGUGACUUUGAAACCUCAGAUCUCUGUGAAUGGAUCCCAUCUACUAAUCAAGGAGCAGAGUGGAUUUGGAAUUCAGGUCAAAACCCAGACCACAGCAAUGGACCAUAUAUUGAUCACACAUUUGGUUCAUCUGAAGGUCACUAUGCCUCCCUAAAGCAUUCAAAAGAAAAUAAGGAUGCAGUUGCUUAUCUGACCAGCCCAACACACCAGAGUUCAGAAGCAAUGUGCCUGCGGUUCUACUAUUUUAUGCAAGGACGUACCAACUGGACAGGGUCCUUGAGUUUGUACGUGAAAAGUCCAUCUGUUGAUAUAAAUGAUGUAAACCCUGUGUGGAUCAUAGCAGGACAUCAGGGGGAUACCUGGAACUUGGGUCGAAAGUCUCUGGACUUUGUCAGUGAAUACCAUAGUGUAUUUGCGGCAGUUGAAGGCAGCAGCGGCGACAACAGUGUUAUAGCUGUAGAUGAUGUAGCAAUGAUAGAGAGGGACUGUCCAGGUCCUGCCACCUGUACAUUUGAAGAUGGUUACUGUGACUGGACCAAUGUUAAAGGUUAUGAUCAAAUGGACUGGGUGAUGAUCAAUGGCUACACACCCACAGAAAACACUGGGCCUAAUUAUGAUUACACUCUCCAUACAGUGCACGGUCACUACUUGUACAUGGAGGCAGAUGAUGGAUCAAUCCAUUCCUCUGCUAUUUUAGAAUCGGCUAUCAUACCCCUUGGAACAUACUGCUUCGAAUUAUACUAUUCAAUGUAUGGCAAGGAUGUUGGUGGUUUUGCUGUACACACGUUGAAGAACCAGACUCUGAAUAUAGUGUUUCAGAAAUUUGGUAAUCAAGGACCUGACUGGAAACUGGGUAAAGUACAAAUAACUGAAGAUGCAGAUUUCAAACUUGAAUUGGUGGCCUUGCGUGGAAAUGGCAACGAAGGAGACAUUGCUAUAGAUGAUACUUGGACAUCUAUGGCUCCCUGCAAUGAUAACCCUGAUGAGUUUGUUUGUUCUGAUGGUACAGUACUCCCACAAGACAAAGUCUGUGAUUUCAUUGCCAACUGCACCGAGGAGGAUGACGAAAUGUUUUGUGGAAGCUGUAAUUUUGAAUUUGGUGUUUGCGGAUGGAAUUUUGUGAUAGAUAACGAUUAUGUGUGGACCAGGGGACGGAACCUUAGUAAUGAUUAUGACUACAGUAGCAUCUAUGACCACACUGUGGGAACAGAUGCUGGAUACUACAUCUACAUCACAGAACAUUCUAGUCACCAAUCUGGCCCUGCUGUUAUGGUGACCAGACCACUCCACAAUGCAUAUGUUGACUGUACCAUGGAUUUCUGGGUACGUGAGAACUCAAAUAGUAAUAUGGGUGAACACACGAGAGUGGCAGUAAGUGUUGUGAAGGAUGGUCAGGUGAGCCCAGUUUUCUACCUCAUUGAUCAAGGCAACAAUGAAUGGCAGCAAGCUAGUGCCAGUCUCAUGGACUGGACAGGGGAGUUUACUAUUCAAGUUGAUGGUGAGAGAAGUGCAGGACCAUCAGAUCUUACCAUUGAUGACAUUACCUUUACUGGAUGUUCCAUGCCAUCUAAUCUUGGAAGCUGCCCAAUGUAUAAUAUUAAAUGUACACAGACGGGCUUGUGUGUUCCAUUUGAGUUCUUAUGUGAUAACACUAACGACUGUGGUGACUUCACUGAUGAAAUGAAUUGUGAAGACUUCUUACCGAUGUGUACCCUUGAAGAAGAUGAGUUGUGUGAUUGGAGCCAAGAACCAGAUGAUGAUGAUAUUGACUGGGUGUAUGGCAGAGGGCACACAGUAGCUGGAGGCACCACCUUCCUGACUGGACCAGCAGUAGACCACACAUUGCGGCACUCUGAUGGUCAUUAUAUGUAUGUUACAAGUCCAGUUUCUAAGGCUUCAAGCAACAGAGAGAGCAAAGUAACCUAUCGAGCCUGGUUUGUUAGCCCAGUGAUGAGGGCAGAUGACGAUUCAUUUUUCCCCUGUGAGCUACGUUUUCAUUACUACAUGUAUGGGAGCAAUAUUGAGGAACUCAAUGUGUAUAUUCGAACAGAAAUACAUGGAGACAAGACGCUUUCCUUUACAAGAAAAGGAGAACAAGGUCAAUUUUGGGAUCGAUCUGUUGUAACCACCACCACACAAUUGCCUUUCCAGUUUCUCAUUGAGGGAGUUACUAACAAUAUUGGCUUAUCGGACAUUGCCAUUGAUGAUUUAUCAUUCACUGAAUCAUGCUUGAAAAUAAAUGAUACACUACCCGGUGGCAAUACUCCUGAACCCCCAUACAACCCGUGUGCAGAUAGUGAGUUUUAUUGUAACAAUGAUGACGAAUGUAUAGCUAAAUACAUGAUAUGUGAUUGGAAAAAAGAUUGUUCAAAUGGUAUUGAUGAAGAUAAUUGUGGUGCAUGUACUUUUGAAUAUGACCUGUGCAGUUGGUCUGAUGCUAGUGAAGGAAUAUUCCAUUGGAGGCGAAUAAUUGCUACCGACUUUUCCCAGUAUGCUCAUCCAAAUGUAGAUCAUACAUUCCUUCAGUCAAAUGGCCACUUUGUAUAUGUUGAAGGUUCAGAUGGAACUAUUGGCAAAUCAGCUGUACUAGUCAGUCCACCUCUAAUCCAUACUACAGGAUAUUACUGUGAACUCCACUUUUGGCUGUUCCUUGAAAAUGGCAUGAAUGCAGACUUAGCCCUCUAUUAUCACCAUUCAUAUCAAAGUGAUGAUCACCUAUUAUACAACUUGACAUAUUCAGGAGUUCAAGAACAAAUUUGGUAUGAAAUUCUUGUUUCAGCUAAAUUAGUACCCUCCACAGCUUAUUUCAAAGUGACAGCUACCCCUUGGUUUAACCAAGCCAUCAACUGGGCAGACUCUCAUUCUAUUGUUGCCAUAGAUGAUAUCAGUUUCUUCAACUGUAAUGAACAGUUAUUGGAUCUGGAAUGUAAUUUUGAUGAUGAAGGUAUUUGCAACUGGUAUCAGGAUCAUACUGAUCAGCAGGACUGGAUGAAAAGUAAUGCCUAUGAAUCCCCUCCCGACCAUACAUCUGGGUCUGGCCAUUAUAUUUUUAUUGACUUUCUGCAUGAAGAUGUCAAGAAGGGUGAUAAGGCAAGGCUUAUAAGCACAAUUCAGUCAAAACCUGUGGGUGUCAAGAAUAUCUUCACUCUCUGGUACUACCUAUAUGGUGAAGAAGUUGGCACAUUCAGAAUUAUUGAGAAAAAACAGUAUGUAAAGGAAAAUAUUACUCUUUUUGAAAUUGGUAAUUCUCAAGAGGACAGAUGGAUGCUUUUUGAGCAACAGCUAGAUACUGAUGAUGACUACACAAUAAUACUUGAGGCAGAGUGGAGAGAAGUUGGAUCAGGUAAACUAGCUGUAGAUGAUGUCAAAAUUACAUCAACGGUACACAAUUCAUUAUGUAAUUUUGAGAUAGAUUUUUGCCAGUGGCAGACUAAUGCCAGUGAUACAGCAAAAUGGAUUAGAGGGCGUGGAGAGCAGAAUAAGACAGGUACUCCACUGGUGGAUCACACGUAUAAUACUCUGAUGGGAUAUUAUGCAUAUCUAAGUGAAACUGAUAACCCUGGAAAAGUUGGAACCCUUACAUCACCAGUGUAUCAAUCUGUAGGUAUUCAGUGUCUCAGGUUUUGGUAUCAUAUUUUAGGUGAUAGUGUUGGUGAUAUUUCUGUCCAGGUUGCAGACCAAGUGGGAUCUGGAGCAUUUAAUCCUGUCUGGUCUCAUGAGAACAAUACUUACGAAAUGUGGUCUUUGGCAAUGGUAACACUUCCCAACUUACAAAAGUUUGUUGUUCGUUUUGAAGGAAAAACUGGAACAAACAAGCUAAGUGUAAUAGCACUUGAUGAUGUUGAAUUUGUACCUGAUGUUUGUCCGAGAAUUCACGAGUGCGAUUUUGAAUAUGAUUUGUGUGACUGGUUCAACUCCGAAGAUGACACCUUUGACUGGCAAUAUUCAUCAGGUGCUGAAGGUGGAGGUAUUCCAGUAGAUCAUACCAUUAACUUUGAAACUGGUCAUUAUAUGGUUGCAAAUCUCCAGGAAAAAAAGAAAGGUGAUAAAGCUAAACUCUUUAGUGGUACAGUUCCCGAUAAUCUCAACUGCAUGACUUUUUGGUACUCAAUGCAACACAUAAAAAAUGCCACACUUAAAGUAAUAUUACUUGGUGAUGGCAAUCCACUGGUAGAACUUCAUAAUUCUACUCUGGAUUAUCUCUGGGAAGAGAUAACAUUGAUUAUUGAUUAUGUACUUGGCACCUUUAAGGUAAAAUUUGAGCUUGCUGUAGAAGAAGAUAUAACAUUUUCUGAAUAUUAUUCAGUGGCAAUAGAUGACACCGCUUUUACGGCAGACUGUAAAAUAUCCACACUUCCUCCACCUGUUACCACUCCAAUACCUACCCAUAUGCCUUCCAUAUAUGACUGUGAUUUUGAACAAGAUGAUAGUCAGACAUGUGAUUGGAUGCAAGGAACAAAUGAUGACCUCAACUGGGAUCGCUGGCAAGGGAAAGUACCAACAACUGAAACAGGUCCAAAAACUGAUCAUACUCUUAUGACAGAAGAUGGACACUACAUUUAUGUUGGUACCGUAAACAAAUUAGAACAAAAUGCUACUUUGGUUAGCCCUCCCUUAGACAUGGGAGUCCAUGGGGCAUGUCUGUCCUUCUGGUACCAUAUGCAUGGCUUUGAUGUUGGUAAGCUGCAAGUACAGCUGCAGCAGCCACAAACUAAUUCUUCUAAAUCUGUUUGGCAACGUUCACAUGAACAAGGAAAUGAUUGGAUACAAGCUAAAGUUCACCUAAUAGAAAAAGAAACCAAUCAUAUAGUACUUGAAGCUACACCAAAUUAUUAUGGCAAAGGUGCUAUUGCUAUUGAUGAUAUUACACUUGACUUUGGCUUUUGUAGCACUGGAAAAUUAUGUGACUUUGAGUCAGAUAGUAUAUGUCAAUUUGAACAGUCGAUUGAAGAUGAUCUUGAUUGGGAAUUAGUAAUGGUUUCAAGUUCUCACACAGGUAAUGAUGUAGAUCCUAAAGAAGAUCAUUCCCAGCAGUCAUCACUUGGGCAUUACCUGAAGAUAUCUGGUGAAGGCUCUGCUGUAAUUUACACUAAUGACAUUCACCCACAAUAUAGUUGUGUUGAGUUCUGGGUAUACCUGGAUGGAUAUCCUGGGUAUUAUUCAUCAGACUUGCAUGUCUAUACACGGAUAAAUCAAAUUUUAGAUAACAAAAUUAAUAUUACCGACAUUAUUGGUCGUUCUUGGAGUCGCUACCUGCUACCUGUAACCACCACUUAUUAUUAUUCUUUGGCUUUUGAAAGCCAUGUCCGAGGUAGUGGCUACGUAGUUGGCAUUGAUGACAUACAGCCACUACUAUCUUGUGAACCAAUGGAAGACUGCAACUUUGAAAUUGAUUUCUGCAUGUGGACAAAUUCUGUACAUGAAGAUCAAUUUGACUGGUCAAUAACAACAGCUGAAGAUCUUGAUUCACUUUAUUCUCCUGCUGUUGAUGUCACAUUAAAAUCUCCUUAUGGAAAAUAUGCAUAUAUUGACACAUAUAGGGAAGGUUAUUUUGACGGUAAACCCCAUGCAACACUUGAGUCUAAUGUCAUGGAACCUAUGGAAAGAUGCCUUAGCUUCUGGUUCCAUAUCAAAAGUCAAGGGCAAACUUCAUUGAGUGUUAGUAUUAAAGAUGUAAUGAGUGAUGAAAUAUCAAAUAUAUGGGAACAUCCUUCACUACUAUAUGCAGAAUGGAAAUAUGAGCAAAUUUCAGUUGCACAGUUAAAUCGUCACAUCAUCCAGUUUAACGCAAUUUCUGACAGUAGUAAUGGUACCAUUGCACUUGACCAAGUAAGAGUGAUAUCUGGCAGUUGCUCCAAUUCUACAGUACCUGACUGUGUUAUUACAUGUGAUAGGGGCACCACUUGUAUAAAAGAAGAUCAAAUGUGCAACUUCAUUCAAGACUGUAAUAAUGGGGAGGAUGAAAAAUUCUGUGGCUACAACUGUACCUUUGAUGAACAUUCUGAAAGCCAGCCACCAUGUGGCUGGAACAGCAAGUCAGAAAAUAAUGAAUUAACAGCAUGGUUGCGACUCUCAGGCCAGCUUAAUAAUUCAUAUGGGCCUCCCUUGGACCAUACCUUCCUGACACCCUUGGGUUAUUAUAUGGCUGUGGUUCCAGUAGAUGGUAAAAUCAAAGAUGAGAAAGCAGCUAUUUUGCAAAGUCCAACACUGAUAAACUCUGCUUCUUAUUGCCUUAUGACAUUCUGGUACGUCAUGUAUGGAAAACCCGAUAACCUUUCCACAGCAUUUAUAGGCACCUUAACGGCACAUUUUCAGGUUAAUGACUUAUCCACAGAGCUACUGAAAAUAAGUGGAAACAUACGUGAUGAAUGGAUGCAUGGAGUAGCAUAUAUUGGUAGGAUUUCAUCUCAGUUUUCUGUUAGAUUUGAAGGUGCCAGGAACUUAGAUAUCAAUGGCUACAUGGCAGUUGAUGACAUAAUGUUUGAAAGCUGUUUCCUUCCCACACCUCACAAGAGGCCUGGGGAAUGUACAGAAUAUCAGUGCAGUAAUCUUGCUUGUGUAUCACAGUUUGAUCGCUGCGAUUUUGUUGAUGACUGUGGUGACUACUCAGAUGAGGAAGACAGCUUGGCAGGAUGCAACCGAUUUAUUGGACGAUGCUCAUUUGAAGAUAAUUCCUUCUGUGAUUGGACACAGGAAGAUCCUAAUAAUUGGCACUUAGGAUCACCAAGUAAAGAAGACAUUAUACCAAAGAGGGAUCACACUCUUAACAUAGCUAGUGGUUCCUUCAUUUAUGUUGCAAAUACCGACAGUAACAAAAAUGUUACUGUUGCCACUCUACUUAGUCCAGUGAUAACAUGGAACAGUCAAAUGGUAGAUCCAUGUGUUCUCCACUUUUUCUAUUAUAUAGAUGGGUCGGCUGAGCAAUAUUUAAGUGUUUCAUCACGAGAUACAUCUGAUGGACCAUUAAACAUACAUUUGACAAUAUCAAAUGCUGUUGGACCAUAUUGGGAACGAGCAGAAAUCUUUGUGGCACCUCAUGAUAUGUUACAUAAACCAAUUCAGUUUAUUAUCAAUGGAAAGAGAGGUGUGUCCGAAGGAGAUGCAGUAUCAGUUAUUGCAUUAGAUGACUUGUCAUUUACUGAAUCUUGUGUAUUGUCAAAUGAUGUUUUACCAACAGCUGCACCAAGUUCAUCAACUACUACAUCAGGAUCAUGCAACAACCAGUUUCAGUGUAAAAAUGGAGAAUGCAUCCCAAUUGACUAUGUCUGCAAUUUUGUGGAUAACUGCAUGGAUGGAAGUGAUGAAGCAAUAUGUGCAGAAUGUACAUUUGAAAACAAUACUUGUGGAUGGCAGGAUGAAAGUUAUGGCUCCUACUUUUGGAGUCGUGAAGAACCUGGUGUUGAGGGCCGUGAUGGUCAUGUUAUGGUUGUAGAAGAAAAGGUUGGCAGCAUUUCCAAAACAGCAAAUCUCAUCAGUGUCUCUCUUGGUACCUCUGCCACACAUUGUGUCAUGAGCUUCUUUUACUAUCAACAUGAGGCUAACAGUGAUGGAACAAGUCUAAAUGUAAAUCUUAAAUCCAACAGUGGUGAUGAAUACACAGUUUGGUAUGUACUAAAUGAUAUGAACACCACGUGGCACAAACAAGUAGUUGGCAUUGGUGAACAUGAAAUGGGGUGGAGCCUCAAGUUUCAAGCCAACCAGUAUGACACUAAUGGAUUAAUUAUGAUUGAUGAUAUUCAUUUUGAAAAUUGUUCUAAGCCAAACUCCACAAUAUGCAAACCCCAGGAGUACCGAUGUGUAAACGGCAUUUGUGUUAGUAAAGAUGAGUUCUGUGACUUCAGUGAUGAUUGUGGUGAUGGUACUGAUGAAUUAUCAGCAUUCUGUAAAGAUUAUCCAGAGAGAUGUAAUUUUGAAGAUGACAUUUGCAAUUGGAAAUCGGAGAGCAGUGACCUUGAAUGGAUACGUAAAACAGGUGAAAUGAUGUCCGAGGAUGUUGGGCCAGACUAUGAUCACACUUAUGGAAACAGCACAGGUUAUUUCUUAUAUCUGAAUAGCGGAGAAGGAGACAAAGGGAAAAUUGGUAGAAUAUCCAGUGUUGCAUUUUAUCCGUCUUCAUCUGGCUUAUGCCUCUUUAGAUUCUGGUAUAUGAUAAGAGCUAACCAAAGUGCCACAUUAACUGUUUUUGCUCAAGAAACAUCUAAAUACUCAUUAAGAUAUAUUCCAUCAGUCAAAAUUUUUGAAACGAAUGGUUCUGAAGUAUAUGGAUGGAAAAAGGGGAGUGUUCCUGUGAUAUAUACAAGAUAUUUCAAAAUCUUGAUAGAAGGCAAGGUGGGUGAGGCAUUCCUUGGUGAUAUAGCUAUUGAUGAUAUAUCCUUUACAACAGACUGCAAGCCUACUAGCACUCUCCCAACUGUCUCGCCAACUCCUGGCCCAUGCCCAGAUGGAGAGUAUCAUUGUCAGUCUGGUGAAUGUAUUGCUAAUUCUAAUGUCUGUGACUUCCGAUAUGACUGCAAGGACUCCAGUGAUGAACUGUCCUGUCCUUCUUUCUGCAAUUUUGAAAAUAAUAGCUGUGGUUGGCAAGAAGCUGUUAAUGAUGAACUUAACUGGGUGGUUGCUAAGGCUGAUGAUAGCCACUUUGGCACAAAUGAUAAUGGCCCUCUUGUUGAUCAAACAGGAAACAAAGAUGGCCAUUUCUUGUUCCUUUACAAAACAAGUGAUCAAUUGCUAUAUGAAGAAGGUCUUUCCUUUACCCACUGGUAUCAAAACUCGGCUCCAGACUGUCAUUACAUUUACUGGUACUAUCAAAAAGGUGUCCUGGGAUCCAACGUUGUCCUGAGGCUCAAUUCAACGCCAUAUGACUUUACAAAUCUGACAUUCUUCACUUCUGACAUUGGAACAGGUGAUGGGCAGUGGCAGUUAGGAGAAGUAGGUAUUGGGAGACAAAAAUAUCCAUUCCAACUUUCCCUCUAUAAGGAACCAGCUGAAGAUUAUUUUGGAAGAUUUGCUAUUGAUGAGACUUUAUUUGACCAGAGUUGCCACUAUCCUGACCCAUCAGAUGAAGACUGUGCUGGUAAUGAAUUCCAUUGCCUAGUUACAAAGGUUUGUAUCUUGACUGAAAAAAUGUGUGACCUAAAUGAUGACUGUGGAGCUGGUGAGGAUGAGUCAUCAAUUGCUUGCCUUGGCUACCACUUUUUCACUCUUGAAGACAACAAAUGGCAGCAGUGGUUCUCUCAGGGCCAAGAUGGUCUUGACGACGACUUUGAUUGGACAGUGUGGAGUGGCACUACGAACAUCUUAGGAACAGGCCCCAACUUUGAUCACACAACCUCAAGCUCUGUUGGCCACUACAUGUAUCUUGAAACUUCUCAUCCUCAGCGAUAUAAUGAAAAAGCCUGGCUAAUUAGCUACCCUAUGAUAGCUGGCCCAGACUGCACUGUUACUUUUUAUUCCCAUAUGUACGGCACAAAGAUUGGGUCGCUUUCGGUGUUAGUGCGUGAGUCCCAGUCAGAUGCUUCAACAAUAUGGUUUAGUAACACAACAUAUGGAAAUUUCUGGGUGAAGCAUACCUUGGCACCAUCCAUACUGCCACAGGAGAAAUCUUUCCAGUUAAUCUUUGAAGGCAAGGUUGGAGAAGAGGAACUUGGUGAUAUUGCUAUUGAUGAUUUUGCCUUUUCUUCAGACUGCAGACUUUCUGGUCAGCCGUCACGUAACUGCACAUUGGAAGAACAUGAAUGCAGUGAUGGAACAUGUUUGCCUUUGAAGGAUCGCUGUAACUUUGCUGUUGACUGUCCAAAUGGUGAUGACUCGGAUGAAGAAGGAUGUGUUUCUCAGAAGUGCACAUUUGAGGGCCAGGAUCUAUGCAACUGGGAAAUCAAGGCAAAUCAACACAGUCUAAUGCAAAAUCUUCAAGAAGAUACAUCAUUUACGUGGAAGUUAAUCCGUGGAAAGGAUCCUCUAGAUAAUGAAGAACAGGUGCCAUUCAAGCCUUCAAUGGAUCACACACAUGGAGAUGACUCCAGUUAUUAUGCUUUUACUUCAACUUCUGCAGGAGACUUUGAAUCUGCAACUGAUCUUAUCACCUCAGUGGCCAUUGGUGAAUCGAGUAGCACGUGUCGACUACGACUGUGGUACUGGAUGGCUGGAACUGAACCUGGUUCACUGCACCUUCAACUCAUCUCUAGUUCUGAUGAGAUCACUGAAGUAUGGAUGGUAGAUGGCGAUAAUGGAUUUAUAUGGAACUUGGCAGAGAUACCAUUACGACAUGUGUUUAGUCAGAGGGUGUCCCUACGUGUGCAACGAGGUAUAAGCUAUGAAGGGGCCAUUUCCCUUGAUGACAUAGAAUAUGUCGACUGUAUCCCACCUACAAUGCCCCCUGAAGGUGAGACUUGCAUAGAACUGAUGAAGUUUAAGUGCAGGUCUGGUUCCUGUGUUGAUGAAGACCGAGUCUGUGACUAUUCUAAUGACUGCCUUGAUUUAUCUGAUGAGCUUGCAUCUCAGUGUUCUGUGUACGUAUCCCGAUGUAAUUUUGAGGAUGGUAUGUGCAGGAACUGGAAACCAGAAAUUGAAAACACUGGAAAGUGGGUACUUUUGCAUGCAUCAUCUGACGUAAUUGGAAGUUUACCUUCCUAUGAUCAUACACUGCUCACUUCACAAGGACAUUAUCUGAAGUUUUCUGGAGACACAAUGAACAAUCGAUCAGCUGUUGCCCAGAUCCGCUCUCCGGUUAUGCGUGGCAGUUCUAAAAAUUGCUUCUUCAGAAUGUGGUACCAGUUUCUUGGUGUUAAACCUGGGAUCAUCAAUAUUUACAAGCGAUACACGUACUAUGAAAAUGGGUUAGAACUGCUAAUGCAGCUUGAUACAUCUGUCAAAAAUGUGUGGCUCAAAGUCAGUCUUUUACUACACAAUAGUAGUAAUUUGCAGGACUAUGCAGUUGUUGUGGAAGGCUAUGCUACUUCUGGAAAUGUAGGGAACAUGGUCUUGGAUGAUUUCUCAAUGACAGAGAGUUGCGAGAUUUCUGCUAAUCAGGAGCUGCCUGGAAGUAAUGAUUUAACUACACCUACACCCAUAUGUGAAGAGGGCUUAGAAGCCUGCAACAAUGGCAAAUGUUAUCAUCCCACAGAGGCCUGCAACUUUAAAGAUGACUGUGGAGAUGGAACAGAUGAACAGGAUUGUACCAAGAGUUGUGACUUUGAAAAAGAAGCUUUGUGUGGCUGGUUUGAGAGUGUUGCCAACUCCAUCCCCUGGUUGUGGUCAGGGUUCCCUGCUCCUCCUCCUGGGCCCUCAGCAGAUCACACUCAAGCUAAUACUACUCAUGAUCUUGUUACUUCCAAAACUGAGGAUCAAGGUGGACAGGUUGCUGUUUUAGAAUCCAACACAUUCUCCUCUGUGGGCCGAGACUGUUUUUUUGUGUUCUGGCACUUUUUGGCUAGUGAUAUCGGUGAAGAAUCCACUCUAACUCUCUUAAGAAAAACUGAAGAUGAUGAGACACAUGGACUUCCAGCAGAAACCUUAUGGAAGGGAACAUCAUUAUAUUCUACUGGUUGGACAAGAGUAAAUAUAAAUCUUGCUGGCAAAAGAGACUUCACACUGCAUUUCAAAGCCAAUCAUGGUUCAGGAAGAACUCACUUAGCUGUGGAUGACAUUCAGUUUAGACGUUGUGCACCAUCCAUUGGAGAAUGUGUGACCAACACAGACUUCCAGUGCAACGAUGGCACCUGCAUUCCUUAUCAAUACGCUUGUGAUGCCAAAUAUGAUUGCAUGGAUAAGAGUGAUGAAUACAAUUGUGCAUAUGUGGAGGGUAACUGCAACUUUGAUUCAAAAUCAUGGCUGCAAGACUGUGGGUUUAUCCAGCGUACCGACGAGGACUUGGACUGGAAACAAGCCGAUUCCUCGGGUAACCCAUCUUUUGGCCCUCAAUAUGAUCACACGCUGGGAUCAAAUGGCUAUUACGUGUAUGUCGCAAACACAAACGGAGAACCUGGUCAGUUGGCUAGCCUUAAGGUUGACUACUUGUAUCCAGCUUCUGAGAAUGUGUGUUACAUUCGUUUCUGGUACUACAUGCAUGCUGACUCUAACAUUAUUGCUUCUAAUGUUGAUUUGGGAACUCUCAGGGUGAAAUUGGAGGUAAGAAGUGGUCAGCGAAUUACUCUAGCAUCUAUCAGUGGUAACCAUGAUGAAGUAUGGGACGAGAAAGUUUUAUCAAUAAACAUGGACAAAUCUUAUUCUGUUUUCUUCGAAGCCGAGACUGGGACAUCUGAAUACACCUACAUUGCCUUAGAUGAUGUAUCUUUCACCCCUGAAUGUAAAACAGGUGUUGGUCCACCACCAAUCAAUAGUACCUGCGAGCCUGAUGAACUACAGUGCAGGACAGGAGAGUGUAUUCCUGCAGCUUUCUUCUGUGAUUGCUUUGCAGACUGUAUUGAUGGUUCUGACGAAAUUGACUGUAGUGACUCUUGUACAACAGUGAUGACACGUCCUUCUAUAAAGACAACUCAAGGAUAUACGAGCAGCACCACCACCACUACACCAAACCCCAAUGCCUGUCUCGACACCGAGUUUGCAUGUGAUGACAAUUGGUACACCUGUAUUCCAUCCCUUCUCCUCUGCGAUGGGAUUGCAGAUUGUCCCAAUGAGGGCGAUGAGAAACAUUGUCCAGAAAAGACUCCUUGUGACUCCGGAUUUUUCUACUGCGCUGACCGUUUCAUGGAGGUCCCAUGUAUGCGGGUAUCUAACCUAUGUGAUGGCAAGGUGCAAUGCCAAACUUACAAAGCUGAUGAGUCUCUCUGUGGACAGUGUCCUGACAACUACUGUCAAAAUAAUGGCGAAUGUGAUGCUGCAAAUGGGGGUGCCCCAGUCUGCAAAUGCCCCAGCAAGUACACUGGUAACCGAUGUGAGUUGGUGGCUGCUCCGACUACCACUCUCACCCCAGUCUCGACCCUCACCACCACCACCAAACAGCCUCCCAGGGCUGGUCUCGGCCCAGGUGCUAUUGUUGGCAUUGUGCUUGGUGUUCUCCUCUGUAUUAUUCUACUAGCACUAUUAGCUUAUUAUUUUAUAAAAAAGAGACAGUUCCAACCUUUGAGAGAGGAAAGCAAUUGGGAUGACCCUCGCCAUCAGCCUUAUUUCGGGCUGGAUAUGCCACAACCCACAGAAGAUGAAUAUCCCUUGGAAGAUAUCCACAAAUCUAAUACUGCAGAAGGAGCUUCUAACCCAUCUUUCCUCAAAGAUUUUGAUGAAUCUUCAUCAAGUAAACCUGUAUCAGACUUGUAAGCUUAUUUAUAUACAUAUUAGACUUGAUAUAAUGAGUAUCUCAUUACUGUAUUUUCCUAUUAUAGGUAUUUAUUUAACUUUCAGGAUAUGACCUGUAUGUUCAUGUAAUUUCCUGUGGCAAGUAUUCCAUAUAGGUAUUUCCAAAUACAUACCUGUAAAAUAUGUAUAAAGCAAGACAAUUGUGAUAAAGCAUGACAUUAUAUAUAUGGUAUAUAUAUAUUCUUAGGGGGAUAUUUUUAAUUGUUCUAGGUUAUUAAUAGUAAGGUAUUUUAUCUCAAUAUAUUUCUCUGUAAUAUUUUAAGCAUUGUAUGUAGAUAAAAUUGUAGAGUCCAAAUUAAACAUUUUGCUAGUCCAUAUUUUA